AUGAAAAAAUUUCUUCUCAUCCCUGAGGCCUACUAUCAUGAUCUUAAAAACUCUUCAACGAUUGAUUCUUUGUCUACAGACCUAGUCAACAAAAGUUUCAAGGAUAAAAUGAGUGAUAGCAAGCGGAAUGCCUUAAUUAAUCAAAGAAUGAUGGGAUAUUUGAAACGUCACAAACAGAUGAAGGAUGCCCCGGUUAAGGUCGAGAUAAAUGACGGUAGUAUACUAGCAAAGAACAGAGACAAUACGGUAUUGUUGGAUUCAGAAGGUGUACCGAAGGCAAGUCUUAACCCUGAUGACAUGGUAAACAAAAUUGUUGACGCCUUUAUCAGAAAAACUCAAAAACAAAAGGCAGCAUCUCAAAACACAAAAUAUGAAGAUGAACUCUAUGAAGACCCUAGCCAAGAAUGGGAAUCAAUGGAUUUGGAUCUUAAUACUGAGGAAACCCCUGGAACCAGUGGACUCUAUUAUACUGAGACUCCGAAAAGACCAUUUCAAGAAAUGUUCCCUCCAAAAAGUCCAACAAAAACAGAACCAGCCAACAAAGUUGCCAAAGAACCCUCACAAGAAGCCGUCAAAGAAUCAGCAGAAGAAGUCACCAAAGAACCGGCAAAAAAACCAGUCAAAGAACCAUUCUUUAAGAAACCCAAUACUAGAUUAUCCAAGACAGUUGAUCCGGCUACUCAGCUUUUAGGCAUAGUAGCCAGAAACCCUCAAACAUUUGGAUGCCUGCCUCAGGGGGGAGUAAUGGGUGACAAUGGAAGACAAAUCGAGGGUAGUAGCUACAAAGUCAUUCUAAAUAAACUCAAAAACAAUCCCCUUGCUGGUACCAAGGCUGGAGAAAAGACCUUGGUCAAACGCUUGCAGAAGAACAGCGAAACUUCGGAAUUGAUAGCUCAAAUAUUUCGUCUAAACAGUCCCAGUUAUAUAGCCAAAAGGGCAAAGGCUAGAGUUCAGUCAGGAAAAGGAAACAGGAAGAACAGAGAACACACUUUCAAAAUAAAAAAUUGGAUUAGUAUAUAA